AUGUUCGAUCCUUCCAUGUACGCCAGCUUUACACCCUCGAUGCAACAGCAAGUUCGUCAACCAUCUCGCAAUCACUCUAUCGCUACAUCUCGCGUCCUCUCGACCGCAACUAGCACACCACCACCACCAAGGCCUCAGGUUACAGGUAACAUGGUCAAAGCACAGCCGGCUUUCAAGCCAACGUGGCAGGGAUUUCUCGAUACUACCAAAGAUGCCAUGACCGUUGUGGAGGCCGCACUUCAAGGCCGUCUCAGCCAUAUCAGCCGCAGGCCGCAUGAUAAGGAACGCGCAGAGAUGCUCACUUCUGGAACCGUCCUGGUGUAUGAGGAGAACGCUUCCGGUAUCAAGCGAUGGACCGAUGCUGUGCAUUGGUCUCCAAGUCGGGUGAUGAACAACUGCCUCAUAUAUCGCCAGCUGGUGCGAGCUUUGAAGCCUGAAGAGAAGAAGUCGGCCCUCAACCCAUCAUGCGGUACCAAGAGGAAGCGCAAGGAGAACAACGGCCCAAUGAGGACCAAGACCGGCGAAGUGUUGGAGAAUUCCGAGGACGAAUACGAGAACUCAGCCUUCGACGCGUCCCUCCCAGGCGAUGUCGACUCUAUGAACAAGGUAUACGCCAACUUCGCCCAAAGCUUGACACCCGACCAACAGCGACGAUUCUGUGGCUCCCUCAUCGACAGCUAUGAGUUCAAGGAGGGUGGCCUGAUGAAGAAGACUAUCUCAGUCAAGUACCAGGGUACCCACCACCAUGUGAUCUCCUACUACAGUCUUGAAGACGUCGUCAGCGGGAAGUUGAAGCGACCAUUCCAGGACCCAAAGCUAGCCGACAUUCAGCCAAGACCGGAGCUUUUGAAUGGCUGGAAGGUCAGCCUUGAAGAUGAAGAGAGCAAAGACAUGCCCCUGGUAGCUGGAUACCCACACCACAUCCAGCCCAGCCAUGUUCAGCAUCACGUUAUCGGAGCUGUUACUCAGUCAAUCGGUGCGCAGGCGCCUGUGGCCGUGCAGCCAUUCAACGCAUCGCAGUUCCCUGCGGCUCCCCAUCCUCACACUUAUUACGUGACGGACCAGAAGUACGCUCCUGAGCAAAAGUACACAUCUAACGCGCCCCAUGGUUAUUAG